AUGUUGUAUGACGAUAUAGAGAACGCGACCCCGGACAUUGUCAUCGGUGGUAACAUAGAAGACGAAGAAGUCCAAUACACAUACGACAUCGAAAGCGACAAUGAGCAUCCCGAGCAACAGGCAUUGGACGAUGACUCAGAAGUGAAGGGCAAAAAGACUGUGGCCUUUGCCGGGUUGGACGAAGAGGACGAGCAAAAGGCCGAGGAGAUAGCCAGGAAGGAGUUUGAAGAAGGUGGCGGUCUCCCAGAGCAGCCAGACAACCCCGACUUUUCCAAAUUUACGCCAUUGUCACCAGAGAUCAUCAACAGACAAGCCACCAUUAACAUCGGUACCAUUGGUCAUGUUGCCCACGGUAAAUCAACUGUUGUGAGGGCCAUAUCGGGUGUCCAAACCGUUCGUUUCAAGGAUGAGUUGGAGAGAAACAUCACCAUCAAGUUGGGUUAUGCAAAUGCCAAAAUCUACAAGUGCGAUAAUCCCGAGUGUCCUGAGCCGGAUUGUUACAAGUCUUUCAAGUCUGACAAGGAGAUUAGACCAAAAUGCCAGCGUCCCGAUUGUACUGGACGCUAUAAGUUGGUUAGACACGUUUCCUUUGUUGACUGUCCCGGGCACGAUAUUUUGAUGAGUACUAUGUUGUCGGGAGCUGCAGUUAUGGACGCUGCAUUGUUGUUGAUUGCCGGAAACGAAAGUUGUCCACAGCCUCAGACUUCGGAGCAUCUUGCGGCAAUUGAGAUUAUGAAAUUGAAGCACGUUAUCAUACUACAGAACAAGGUGGAUUUAAUGAGAGAGGAGUCCGCUUUGGAGCACCAGAAAUCAAUCAUCCAGUUUAUAAGGGGUACAAUUGCCGAUGGCGCCCCCAUUGUUCCAAUCUCUGCCCAGUUGAAGUACAACAUCGACGCCGUUAACCAGUUCAUAGUAAACUCGAUUCCUGUUCCGUUGAGAGAUUUCACAGCCUCGCCAAGAUUGAUCGUCAUUCGAUCUUUCGACGUCAACAAGCCCGGUGCAGACGUGGACGACUUGAAAGGAGGCGUUGCAGGUGGUUCUAUCUUGACGGGUGUCUUUAAGAUUGGCGAUGAGAUUGAAAUCAGACCCGGUAUCGUUACCAAAGACCACGAAGGAAGGAUACAAUGUAAGACCAUUUUCUCCAACAUCAUUUCGUUAUUUGCAGAACACAACGACUUGAAGUUUGCAGUGCCGGGUGGUUUGAUUGGUGUGGGUACCAAGGUCGAUCCUACCUUAUGUAGGGCCGAUCGUUUGGUUGGUCAAGUGGUUGGCGCCAAGGGAAACCUUCCAUCCAUAUACGCGGACAUUGAAAUCAACUAUUUCCUUUUGAGAAGAUUGUUGGGUGUCAAGACCGAGGGCCACAAGCAAGGUGCAAAAGUGCGUAAAUUGGAAGUUGGCGAAGUUUUGAUGGUCAACAUUGGUUCGACUGCUACUGGUGCAAGAGUUGUUGCCGUGAAGGCAGAUAUGGCUCGUUUGCAAUUGACCUCGCCUGCCUGUACUGAAAUUGACGAAAAGAUUGCCUUGUCGAGACGUAUUGAGAAGCACUGGCGUUUGAUUGGUUGGGCCACGAUCAAGAAGGGAACUACAAUAGAACCGGUAGUUUACUAG